UCUCGCUUACCUGCUACCCCGACGCGGCCCGGGGAGCUCCUGAGACACUCCCGGGACCGCUCACCCCUCAAAUCCACAGCCAUGAGCAAGUUGGGCAAGUUCUUUAAAGGGGGAGGCUCUUCUAAAAGCCGAGCUGCUCCAAGCCCCCAGGAGGCCCUGGCCCGACUUCGGGAGACCGAAGAGAUGCUGAGCAAGAAACAAGAGUACCUGGAAAAUCGAAUCCAGAGGGAACUCACCCUGGCCAAGAAGCACGGCACGCAGAAUAAGCGAGCUGCAUUGCAGGCACUAAAGAGAAAGAAGAGGUUUGAGAAGCAGCUCACUCAGAUUGAUGGCACACUUUCCACGAUUGAGUUCCAGAGAGAAGCCCUGGAAAAUUCACACACCAACACUGAGGUGUUAAGAAACAUGGGCUUUGCGGCAAAAGCGAUGAAAGCGGUUCAUGAAAACAUGGAUCUGAACAAAAUAGAUGAUUUGAUGCAAGAGAUCACAGAGCAGCAGGAUAUUGCCCAAGAAAUCUCAGAGGCCUUUUCUCAGCGGGUUGGAUUUGGUGAUGACUUUGAUGAGGAUGAGUUGAUGGCAGAACUUGAAGAAUUGGAGCAGGAAGAAUUAAAUAAGAAGAUGACAAAUAUCCGGCUUCCAAAUGUGCCUUCUUCCUCCCUCCCAGCACAGCCGGAUAGAAUGCCAGGGAGAAUGUCAGGCGCGUCCUCCGCUGCACAUCGAUCCCGAGCAGCGUCUUCCAGGAGGGCAGAAGAGGAUGAUGAUAUCAAACAAUUGGCAGCUUGGGCUACUUAAACUAAAAUGGAAUUCGUUGACACCCAAAUCAGUGAGCUGUACAUAAGACAUAAAAAAAUGUUUUUGCCAUGUUCAGAAGUUAACAAAGACCCUGUUUUAUAUUUGCACUGGAUGAGUAAUUGUCUUUUAAGCCUUAUAAAUAAAAGUUAUAAAGAAUCAUGUGUAGACAUCCAGUCAGGGAUGGAAAGGGACUUUCUGCUAGCAUCUUGGAGGAUCUCCCCAUGCUGAUGGGAUGGGGCAUUCUAUCUUGUUACAUGCUACUGUAUUUCCAGUCCCGGCACAUAGUAGUGCUCUCUAUACAUUUGUUGAAAGAAAAUGGAUUUCUAUUAACAUAUAAAACAUGUAACAGUUUAUAAGCCAUGUAAAAGGGUUGUGUUGAUAGCUAGAGAAAAUAACUUUCUUUUCUAAGUGAAUGCAAGUUGGUUGUGUGUAUCUGUUGGAACAUAUCUAUCCCAUGGUAAAUGCAAAUAUACCAUGUCUCUUGUAGGAGACACUUCAUUUAGGGAAGUCUUGUGUGAGUCUAUACACAAGUAGUUGCACUUGAGUUUUGCAGUUUAAAAUCUUACAGGAGCUUUAAUUGACAUUUAUUAUGGCAAUGAAGCUUGGAAUGGGGCAAUGGAUGCAUUUCCCAAAAUGUUUGAGAGCACUAACAGCUUACACUGCUGAGCGAGGAUCUCCUGGGUAUAAUUUAGCUACUUAGGAAGCCAUGUUAACACUCCCAGGCCAUCAUGAUGCUGUUGUGGCUUCAGCGUGCUGAAUGUGUGAAUGUUCAUGUUUUUUCUAUUCUGUGCUUUCUUGUACAUUUAGUUACCCUUUAUGGCAUAUUCCUUGUAAAUACAUAAAAAUAGAGGCAAUUAAAAGUAUAUCAUGAAUAAAAUUUUGGUCAUAAUUAUUUUUAAGUGAAAAUAAAUGACAAAAUUAUGUAUUGCCCAUAAUAUGUCAUGGACCAUAAAAAUGACAAAUGUCAUCAUAUAAAAUGUUCUAGUAUUCCCUACAUCUGCUGGGCUACAUACUGGAAUGGAUAGAACACGACAGCUGGGGGUAAGAGUCCUGGAUCCCAGCCCCUGCUCUGCUGCUAAUGCAGUAUGAUCAGCCAUGUCAUAAACUCUGAGCCUCUGUUUCUUCAUUGGGAACUCUAAGGGUUGGACUUGAUCUCUAAUGGGUCCAUCCUGCCACAGGCCUUUUGCAUAUGCUGUUCUUAGCAGUCUUCCCAUUGUCCACACACACAUACCAAAACUUAUUCCUUAAAUCUUAGUUAAAAUGUUCUUUAUUUUUGGGAAGCUUUUCUUGAUUGCACCGAUGAAAUCAAGUCUCCCUAUUACAUGCUUUCACAGUACUCUGCUCUCUCUCUAAUCACCUAUCAGGGUUUAUAUUGCUUGAAUGCUUACUUGUUUUUGUUCUUCCCUUCAUGCCCCAUGAGGGCAUGAACUGUGCCUCUUCCAGUUCGAUAGUGCAUCCCAGGACUCUGCACAGUUCCUAAUAUACAGUAGGUAUUCAAUAAAUAUUUACUGAAUGAAUGACUAUGAACUUUUUACAUCUUUUGGGCCAUGAUAGAAAUCCAGGAACUGGAUUUACUUCCCACUCUCAAAGAACUAGACAACUGGACAAAAUACACGAAACAAUAGUUUACAGACAUUGGACAACAGGCAGCACUAGACUGAGAUUCCUGAGAGGGAGACAAAUGACAAAUGAAGUGAGCACUUCUGGUGCCACCCCCCCACCUGCGAACCUCUGCUUGCUGCCUUUGCAGGGAUAGCUUGGUGGUCUUCCUGAGUAGAGGAAAUUUGUGGGGAAGGUAACUGCACGUGUAUGUGCGUGCGCACGCGUGGACACACACACACACACACACACAGUUUAAUAAACCGUGGUCCUGUCGUCAUGUGUAUUUCUCGCCAUGAGCUCUAUCCCAAGCUCCAGUCAAGUACAAGUUAGAGGUUUCCUCUGGUUUUCCUGCCAUCCCUUCAGUAUCAACAUCUUUGUGUUACAGCCUACUUUCUUUGAUAUUAGUAUAGCCACUCCAGGU